CGGCCGGGCACUGAGACCGCAUCCGUCGCGGUCGUGGUCGUUGUUGGUGGCGGCGCCGGUGAACGCUUCUUGUCUCUCUCCGUCAUCAUCACCACUCCCGACACUUCACCUCCCUCCUCCCUUUGUCGCCUUUGACUCCUCGCCAGGCGCGUGUCUUCGAAACUCAUUUCCGACCCGCAGCCGCUCGAGCAGCGCCAUUAUCGCUCAGAUAUGGACAACCUGGCGCCUCUCGUGGCAGGCAUCGUGGUUGCUAGAGCCCUCUAUCCACAUCUCUCAAUCUGCACCCGUGGCUCACUCCCCAAUGAGCGUACUCGGGAAGGCGCCUGUGAAGGCGACGAUAAUGCAGGGAAGGACCAGUGGCGACCGAGAGCGUGGGCACAGCGGGUCGCAAAAGGCGCCGAGGAGUGCAUCGUACUAGAUGAUCACACAGCUCCUGUUUGGGAGAUUGCCUACAAAGCAACCUUGUUGACAUGGAGCGCCGGUCAGAUGUACCUCCGCUUUACGGCCCCUGUGCUCGUCCCUCCAAACCAGUUCUACGACUUCGCCUUCACCAACAUCUCCCGUGUCGCGUCCUCGGGCCUCCUUUGCUUCGUCAGCCUAGGCGCAGCUCUUGGUUGGAUUGCGUGCUUGACCCGAAAUCGGCACUGUGUUCGUUGCCACUCCAUCAUCUACAUCUUCUUCAUGGACAUGCUCUUCUCGUACAGCAUGCUGGCGAAAUACGGUCCAGCGCGGCUAUCCUGGCUGACCUCCCUCCUCUACGACUCCUACUCCGCAACUCUCAUCAAGGAAAGCACCUUCAACACCGUCUCCCGCUUAUCCUUCCUCCUCCUUCUCCCCCCUUUAUUGACGCAAGCGUAUCGCAUCUGCGCUACCCCACCACACGCAGCCUCCGAUGCUCAUCUUGAUGAACCUCUACAGCCGAAGACACCGGCGGAGGUUACUCGGCAGCACGUGCUCACAGCGCCAGCGCCGGAAGAAACCCAAACGGAGGAGCCCGCAGACACGCGGCCCCUCAUCGACCUACCCUCGCAUUGCGAAGAGCUUCUCGUACCUCCGAACGAGACUCCGCUCGACGAAACGUGCCUCGCCGAGCGAUGUACGGAGGACCGCGAUGUCGCAGUACGACCCGCGCAGCAGACGUCAGGUCUGUCAGCGUGCCCUCAAGAGAUCAUCAACGAAAUAUGCGAAUUCCUCUCCACCAAGGAUCUUCUUGCCAUUACCACCACAUGUGCUCGCUUCCACACUGCGAGCAUCCACCCUCUUUACCGUUCCAUUCACCUUUCCAAUGCACUUCAAGCCAUUAAGUUCUUCCGUACCAUUAACAACAGGUCGGACGCCGCUGUUGCUGUCCGAUAUCUUAUGCCUGACCGCUGUGUAUUCCUUAACAUCAAGGGCUCCCGUUCAUCGACCUUCUUCCGACUUGCAGCCUCCGCCAUUAACCGUAUGAUUAACGUUCGUCAACUCGCUCUCCAUCACGCUGUCCUUCUCCCAAGUCUCCUAUCGCAUACCCCCUUCCAAGACCUUCGCUCGUGCUACAUCCACCUUACUGUCGACACCGCGGCCUUUCUCGCCAACCAGCGCCGCCUCGAGGUGCUCGUCAUCACCGACUGCUGUGUCGACGAGAUCGGUAGCGUGCCGCGGAACGAGCUCAUCAAGCAGUUCUGGCGCCUGCCCGCCGCGUGCUUCGCGCGCCUCGAAGUGUACUCGGCGCCGAGCUUCCUUAUCCUGCCCGUCCUUCCGCGCGCCUGCGUGAAGCACCUGCCAAUCAAGUGGUCUCCACCGCUGGAGGCGCCGGACACGCAUGUGCAGGAUGUGUACCUGUGUCUGGCGGCAUCGAAGACGCCACUGAAGAUCUUGCAUAACUUUUCGAGCUACGACGACUUCGAGCUGCAGUUGUCAGCGCUGGUCGCGCAUCCGCCGCGCGUGGAGUAUCUUCUGUGGUUCGAGUUCACCGGGCGUUUCCUACGACCAUUGAAUGAUAUCUACCAGAAGGUCGAAGACGUACUGUACGCUCUGCCUACCAUUAAGGAGCUCCGUAUUACCGGCGUCGGGCGCCCUCUCAUCACGGAAGCCGUCGGUCUCGUCCUGCUCGACCUCGAGCAUGACACUGUCGCAAGCUACAAGAAGCAGUGCCCCAAACUAUCGUCCUGCAUCUUAGCUAGUGGCAAUCGCUGGCGCUUCGUCGAGAAGACCACCGUCCUCCCCGUUUUCGUUGACAACACCAGCAUGCUCUUCUCGCCUGACCGCGCACUGACGGCUCGCUGGAUCGUGCGCAGCGUCGCGAGCGGGCGCAUCUCGUACGAGUACACGCAGCUCAUGAUGGGGUACCCGGGCGUGCCGCUCAACGAGCUGAUUGUCGGGAUGGUUCAGAAUGUACCGAGGAGGACGCCGAGGCAGCCCGCGCCGCCGCCCCCUCCAGUGGCGACGCUUACGGUCACGCAGGCGCCGGUGAACACGCCCUAGGCGUCUGCGCAAGCCCAAGCCGCGACCGGACCAUAGGCAUCUGCACCGCCGUGAGCCGCGCAGGCUCCGCCACCAGCACCGAUACCAGGGCCAGUGCGGGCGGUGGGCCUGGCGCCGAACCCAUAUAUCUAUCUACCUUUCGGAUGUCAAUCUUAGCCCUAAUUACAUACCAAAAUGUACAUAUGAUUCGACGUGCAGGGCUGUUGUGAGGUCGGUGGACCACACCUCUUGCCUUCGCGCGAGACGCUGUUGAGAAAAGGUACGCUUCAGUGGG